AUAAUUUAAACAUUCCCAAGAAAUCUUCCAAAUUCUUCCCUAAAACCAAUCCAAAACCUUGGUUUGGAGAGCUGUUACAGUCAAAGCCAAAAGCAUUCUCCAGCUUUAAGGUAGUAACUAAGACCAAUUCUCAGUCAUUUCUCAACACUGCCGUAACUUUAUUAUCUAGUCCUAAUCAAAAGUCUGACUUGUCUAGUACAAUGAACCCGAGAACCUACUACAAUGCCAGUCCAGCAUCAUUGUCCAAUCCUAAAUCAGAAUUUCGACGUUCAAAAAUAAAUACAAAUGCCAAAUCCGACUCCAAAGUCUCAAUCCCAGACUCAAGAGGAGCAAUCAGACUAAAGAAGAACGAGACCCAGAUGUUGGAGAAUGACAAAGAUUCCAAACAUCGACCUAAAAAAAGCUGGAUCUGGAACCAGUUUUUUGUUCUGGAAGAACAUAUCGGACCUGAACCUCAGUACGUUGGAAAGCUCCACUCCAACUCCGACAAGGCUGACGGUUCUGUGCGCUACAUCCUGUCUGGGGAGGGGGCCGGGUCCAUCUUCAUCAUUGACGAGACAACGGGUGACAUCCACGCAGCAAAGAGCCUGGACCGUGAGAGCAAGUCGCAGUAUGUGCUACAUGCAAGGGCCAUCGAGAGGCAGACAAACCGCUCCCUGGAGGCACAGUCCGAGUUCAUCGUCAAGGUCCAGGAUGUCAACGACAAUGCUCCCACGUUCCCUGAAGGACCCUUCGCAGCAGCUGUGCCUGAGAUGUCUGAAGUUGGAACCUCAGUUUUGCAGGUGACCGCCUCGGAUGCAGAUGAUCCAACCUAUGGGAACAGUGCCAAGAUAGUUUACAGCAUCCUGCAGGGACAACCCUUCUUCUCUGUGGACCCCAACACAGGUAUCAUCCGAACAGCCAUCUCCAACAUGGACCGGGAGACCAGUGAUCACUAUGCGGUGGUGAUCCAGGCCAAAGACAUGGCGGGCUCGGUUGGAGGACUGUCUGGAUCUACAAUAGUCAAUGUCACUCUCACUGAUGUCAAUGACAACCCUCCAAGGUUCCUGCAGAAAAGCUACCAGCUGUAUGUACCAGAGCUGGCUCCGGUAGGGAAGGCAGUGGGUCGGAUCAGAGCCAGCGAUGAGGAUGAGGGGCAGAACGCUGAGAUGACCUACAGCAUCACUAAUGCCGACGCAGCGACCAUCUUUACCAUCACGACUGACGCUGGGCGCAGGGAGGGGGUUGUUUCCCUCAAGCAGCCUUUGAACUACGAGAAGAGAAAAGUUCACACACUCAACAUCGAAGGCUCCAACACCCAUCCAGACGCACGCUUCUCCCACCUGGGGCCCUUUAAGGAUUCCACAACGCUGCGAGUCAUUGUAGGUGACGUAGAUGAGCCUCCUGUUUUCUCCAUGGACUACUACAUCAUGGACACAUAUGAAAACUCACCUGUCGGCACCCUGGUUGGCACUGUAACCGCUGUGGACCCUGAUAGCACCAACAGCGCUAUCCGGUACUUCAUAGAAAAUGAAGAGGAAAGACCUUUGUAUUUCACUAUCGGGGUGAACAGCGGCAUCAUAAGGACUUCUCAGGUUCUGGACCGGGAGGAGACCGCGUGGCAUAACAUCACUGUGAUGGCUGCAGAGGUUGAUAACCCCGGUAUGGUGAAUCACGUCCCUGUCACCAUCCAGGUCCUGGACGUCAAUGACAACAUUCCAGCCAUCUCCGGGGGCAACAGUGCCGUCAUAGUGUGUGAGGGCACCAAAUAUGGACAGCUGAUUCAGACCCUUCGAGCAGCAGAUAUGGACAACUUUGCAAAUGGGAAAUUUUCCUUCAAGGUUCCUGCUGGGAUUACAGCCAACCCAAAUUUUACUGUGAAGGACAAUGGCGACAACACUGCCAGUCUAAUAUCUCAACGACAUGAGGGAUUCAGUCAGGACAGGGACCAGGAGUUCUUCAGCCUGGUGCUGGUGGUGGCUGAUGGUGGGGAGCCUCCUCUCAGCAGCACUGCAACGCUCUCCCUCAGGGUGUGUGUGUGUCAGAGGAACACCAGGGGGCGUAACAGCUACAACGUCUGCCAGGCUGAGGCCUUCCUCUCUUCAGCUGGCCUCAGCACUGGAGCUUUUGUGGCCAUAAUGCUUUGUAUCGUCAUAUUAAUAUCCAUUGUGAUGCUUUUCACACAGCUCCGAAAUAAGAAAGCCAGUAAAGAGCCAUUGAUUCUUUCCGAAGAGGACGUUCGAGAGAAUGUGGUGACCUAUGACGACGAGGGAGGCGGAGAGGAAGACACGGAGGCCUUUGACAUUGCCGCACUUCGAAAUCCCAAAGCCUCCGAUCCCCGCAGGAAGUUCAACUCCUACCUUGGCUACAGACCAAGCCCGUAUGAAGAGGAUGAGAUUGAGGAGGACGAGGUCGAGUAUGACGAGGACGGGAUUAUGGUGGUGAGAAGGGGGAAAGCUCGGGAGUUUGAUUAUGGGAACUACAGCUCAGGGCCGGAAAUGUCCUGGUUUGUCCUUGACUGCGUUCCUCAAGAGAUCAGCCAGUCGGCACCUUCCCUUCUGCUACAUGGUCAGGACAUCAUUCAGCAGAUCCUUGAGCAGAAGGUUGUCCAAGCAAACUCUGACACACGGGGCCCACCUUAUGACUCGCUACAGACGUACGCCUAUGAAGGCCGUGGGUCGCUGACAGGAUCCGUCAGCUCUUUGGGCCUGACUGGGGCAAUGCCCGAACUAAACUAUGCCUUCUUGGAAGAAUGGGAGUCAGAUAGGCAAAGAGUGGAACAAUCUGUGGGAGAGCAGCUUGGAACAGAUGAAUCUAACACUGACUGAGAAAUUUGGUCUUUUUUUGUUUACCGUUGGCAAGACUUUCUGAAACAGAUGCUUUCUACUUGUGGUAUUAAACCUGGGUGCCAAGAAGCAAAAGAGUGUCAUGUGAAACCAGAGGAUAAGAAAAGCCAUUUUCUAUGUCUGAAAGGUUCAAGGAACAAAGGAUUCUGGCCUUAAUAUUCAUUGUUACCAAAACCUGAUGCACAGCAACCCCAGAGCUAAAUAAUACAUAAAAUAGGAGCCCAGUGACCCAAUCAUCAAGAGUCAGACAUGAUUAAUUGGCUUAAAAUAUCGAAACAGGAACAGGUUUUACUGAUUUCUUAUUCAUUAAGAGACCGAUGAUGAUACAUGCGGCAUAAAUAUAGAAAGAAGAAAGGAAGGCACACAAGGUCCUGAUGUUCUAAAGUCCAAAAUGAGCUAUAGCUUAUUAGCUUUGGCUAAUUCGUGAAUUCCUAUUAAUCACUUCUUUUGUAUGGUCGUACAAACUAAAAUAUGUUUGUAUGCCCAUAGCAACAUCAAGACUUUGAAGCAUCAGCUUCCCAAAUGUGGAUUAGCGCGGGUUAGCUCCAGUUUCAUGACAACAACGACAUGUGAUCUCCUCUAAACAUUUACUGCAGGAACCUAACAACCUUAGCUAUGAUAAAAAAUAAAUUAUACAUAACUAUGUGAUGGCAAUUUAAGGAAAGCUUUUGACAGCAUACAACAGAAUUCUCACAAAUGUUCUGAAAACUGUGGAGUAUUUGCAUCUUUUCUUUCUAUAUCACCAACACCAAAAAAUGUGUCAUUCGCCGCAGAGAUCACCGAGCCUGUGGUACUUUUGUGGGGCAGUGCAGAGUAGUCAUCUUGUCCAUCAGUUUUCUCACUAUACAUCCAUCCACUGUGAAUUAUGACAGCUAAUAACACUCUAUUGUACAUUUAUUCAUAAUAGAGAAUUAUGAUCUCAGCAUUUCUGAAAUCAGGGUUUGUCCCUUAAUUACAACCUGCUAAUCCACUUUUGAUCAUUUGAUAAACAAAAACAUUUAAAGCUAAGUGAAGAUAAUACUACAAUUAUAUGAUUUGGCCUUAAAACCAAGUUUGACAUCAUAUUUCAGAGGUAACUAUAAACUGUGAUCAAAUCUAAAAACCAGGAAUCAUGGGGGCUUUUUUGAUGUCACUGAACCACGUUAUCAUUACAAUCAGAUUCUGCUAUUCCAAAACCUUCCAAAACACUGGCUUCAGCUCAUUCAAAAACUGUCACAAGAUAAAGGUUAAAUAAAGAGGUUCAUUGUUAGGCUUUGAUACUGACUUCUUCCUUGACUUUAGGGGGUUUGACCAUCUUCUUUUCCUCUCUUGUUUACAUGAGAUACAAAUAAACCUACCGAACAACAAAGGGCCCUGCUGGUCCUGAACACAAAAUGUCAUUCUGUGUGCUAAAUUUUUCUAUUAUGCACAUUGCAAUUGUGCAUGUUUUAUCACACACCCCUAGUUCAAGGAACCUCUAAUAACUUACUCUUCCAAACACUGAUGGAUAUUAUUCUGUAUUUGUUUUUAAGGAAUAAAACAACCCUAGACGAUCUGGAUGCAGUAAUGAAACUAUAGUUUGCAGUAAUGAAACUAUAAAACUAAUGGUUAGAGUUGUCGGCUGUACUCACAUUUAGCACAAUAUCACAAAUUGGCCUCAAAGGGUUUGUAGCAACCAGUAGUUUAUUUGUUUUUUUUAUGUUUUUCUCAAGUGAGCUCCAUGAAUUCCUUAAAGUAAGCACAAACCUUUGCCAAUGUAUGCACAAUAUUUUUUAUUUAGUUCCUGCAGUGGAAAAAGUCUAUUGGGAACAAGGACAAGUGACAAGGUAAUUGUAUGAUGCCAACUCCAAGACCAGGAUCCUUGAAGAAUAAUCAGCAAG